AUGGAAGACCACGUUAGUAUUUUACCUUUGAGUAACUGUCCCCAGCUGCAGUGCUGCAGGCACAUCGUUCCAGGGCCUCUGUGGUGCUCCGAUGCCCCUCACCCACUGUCGAAGAUCCCCGGUGGGCGAGGGGGUAGCAGGGAUCCUUCUCUUUCGGCUCUGAUAUAUAAGGACGAGAAGAUCACUGUUAGCCAAGAUGUCCCAGUGCACGAAGGGAAGCCUCACAUUGUCCACUUCCAGUACAAGGUCACAGAGGUGAAGACCUCCUCCUGGGAUGCAGUGCUCUCAAACCAGAGCCUCUUUGUGGAAAUCCCUGAUGGAUUAUUAGCUGAUGGAAGCAAAGAAGGGUUGUCAGCACUGCUGGAGUUUGCUGAAGAAAAAAUGAAAGUCAACUACGUCUUCAUCUGCUUCAGAAAAAGCAGAGAAGAUCGAGCUCCACUCCUGAAGACAUUCAGCUUCUUGGGCUUUGAGAUCGUGCGGCCUGGUCACCCCGCAGUCCCGUCGCGGCCGGACGUGAUGUUCAUGGUGUACCCCCUGGAUCAGAGCUCCUCCUCCGACGAAGAGUAGCUGCAGUGGGGACCCAACAUGCUGUGGAGGGGAGAGAGGGUUCCACCUCCUUUCUUGAGGAAAGGGAAACCAAGUUUCUGUUGGACUGCAAGCGCAUUUCUCAUUGUUAGAUUGGGCUGUGUAUCCCCAGAGUUGACUCUCAUUGAAACGUGUUGCCUAGAGAACUAUCUAUCACACAUGUAAUCAUCACUAGGAAAAGGAAGAUGUUUAUGAACUGGCAUAGAAGCUCUUCCCGUGCAGCUGCGUGGUGUGGGAGCCCCGGGGCCUGGGCCCUGCUCGGGGUGCAGCACCACCCCCGGGACUCCACCGGACCCACGGCGGUGCCUCCCACCUGCCCGGUGCGUGCUCAGCUGGGAGACAACGCUUUCAUUUCCCACUCAAGACUUAAAGCAAAUGGCCUGGUUUGGUGUGGGGCAUGUGCAGGAGACGCUCGAGUUUAUCCUUUAACACUACAUUAAACCCCCCAUGCGUCUCUGCUCCAAUGCUGGUUUAACUGGUCUAACUUUUUUUCCCUUUUUUUUUUUCUUUUGAAACUUCUUGCUCUUCCAGCUUUUGUUUUACGCAGUCUUAACCCUGUUCCAUGUUCCCACUGCGCUAUCACGGCGUUCAAUAAAAGGGGCAUUCAGAUGAACUUCACACA